ACCACUCGACUUUGUCCAACUACUUGUCACUUGAUAACGUUUAAGCAAACUUAACCUUAAGUAAUUAAGAAUUUUAAACUAAAUAUAUGAAUUACAACACGAAGACGGAAUUUAAUGUUACAUUUUUACAUUGCUGUGACGGAAAUGAACUAAAUGGAAAUUCAUAUUACCGCAAGCGAAGAUCUGGAUAACAGCUAUCAAACAUACGAGUGUGCGGAAACAAACUCCCGAUUGCCUUGAAAUAAAUAUCAUUUAGGGAAAAGAAACAAAACUUUCCACUUAGUUUUGUACGAGGUUAAUUUAGGACAAACCACAUGCAGUAGCAACAUGUCAGAGACUUCUUGUCAUCGAAAUUCAAAAACAUAUUCAACUGGAGAGGUACUGACAGAUGCUUUCCUGAAGUCGAUGGAAUGUGGAUUAUGUCAUAACAGAUUCAAAGACCCAAAGGAAGUUUACUGCGGACACGUGUUUUGUCUCGGCUGUUUACUUGAUUAUGUAGACAGUCAACAAGUUUCAGAGGUAAAGUGCCCACUGUGUUCAAUUCCUAUACGGAUUCCCAGCGGCGGAAUUGAUGAGCUGACCACCCAUGUUUUCUACCAGGAUCUCGCAAGAGAAAUUCACAUGCUCGAAAAUGAAAACAAACUAUCGCGUGGGUCCUGCAAAUUUUGCUCUGAUGAUGAAAAAUGCCUCGCUACAGUUAAGUGUAUCAACUGCCAAGUUUGCAUGUGUGAAAAUUGCUCAUCGAAUCACAAGCACAAUGGUGUAACCAACGUUGUACCAAUACACCGCAAACAGGAUUCCAUUUUAUGUGAUAUUUUACCAAAGCGCGACACUGCCUGUGAUACGCACCCGACAGAAUCUCUUCUUCUUUACUGCAUAGGAUGUAAAUGUUGUGUCUGUUUCAGAUGUAAAGAUGAGCGGCAUGCCGAUCACGUGGUCACCGAUCUUGCAGAUGCAGCUGCGCCUGCGCGAACCGCUAUAGCGGAUGUACAAAGUAGACUGAAUGAAUAUCUAAGCGAAACUAAAGAAGCGCUCAAUGAUGUAGAACGAAUUAGGAAAGAAUGCACUGAUAAUGUUAAUGCAACAAAAAAGCACAUUGAAGCUCAAGUGCAACUUCUGAUAGAUAGAAUCACGAAAGAAAAGGAGAGAAUGCUUUCCGAAAUACAGGAACACGCUGAUGAAAUGAAAGCAAGACUGGGUAAAUGUCAAACUGAAAUGCAAAACAAAUAUUCCAGAGCUCAAGCAUUGUCUGACCUCAAUGAAAAUUUGCUGAAUUUUGGAAAUGACGCAGAAAGUAUGCAGUAUCAAAUAAAAACUGAAAGCCGUUGGGACGAGAUACAAGACGACAAAUUGAACAGAUUUGGACAGGGUUACAAGAUGGAUAUUCGAUUUUUCAUGAACGAAGGAUUUUUAGCAAUAUUGUCGAAGGAAUUGGGUGUUAUCCGAGUAACACAGAAUCUUUGUCCGUGGACUAGUAGGAAAAGUAAGCCAUUUGAUAUCACGCCGCUAAAUGAAGGUCUUCUAGACGCCAGUACAUUACAAAUGCUAAAGGUGAGGGCAACCAUGUCGAACGAUUUCUCUUUAAAAAGAUCUCAAAUAUUCGCGAAGUUUGUUGAUCCUAAAUGGAAUCUUGAAACAUACAAAACUAGCAAGACUUCUGGUCAGACAGUUACUGUUUGGCUUAAAACCGACGAAGAGCAAGAACAAAUGUCUCGUGCUUCGAAACGAAUCUCCAUGCGAUCCUACUCCAGCCCAUGUAUGACGGCAGAAAUUGAAUCGUUUAAUGAAAAAGGAGAUCCCGAGUAUAAGAAGAAGUUUGAUAAAUUGCCAGAUGGGACUGUUGUAAGACUUGCAAUAGGAAGGAAAGACACGAUAAUGUUAGCUGUAUACCCAGGGAUGUACGCGUCAUCUAUCAUAGGUCAGGCGAAACUCAAAUCUCUAUCCAAGAAAGAUGUGGAUGGUAUAUAUGUUGCUGUACUCGAGAAAGGAAAUUUUGUUUGUGGCGAACUUAGAAAGAUCCCUAUACCCGAAGGCCCGGGCUUUGACUUUGAAAUCACCAGUAGAGGAUCAAUCGUGGUAAAUCCAGCACUGCAACCGAACCUCAACAUUUACUCUUCCAACUGUGCUGAAGUUGUCACUAAUCACAAUCAGCACAAGUUAUCUGUGUUGAAAAUAAUGGAGUCGCCCGAUGGUGAAAUGGUCUCCAUAUGCCGGGAUGAAGAAGGAAACACAAUAUGCGAAACUAUCGGUGAGAACGGUGAACGCGAAACGCGAUUUACGUUUCCAGUGGACUUCCUCUCGCCAUUAAUCUGCGAAUUCAAAGAGGCGCGUUUCGACAGAAAUGGAAACGUUCUUAUGCAUUUUCAGACGUCUUCGUUUCAAGACGCUCUGUAUCACGUGAGUGUGAAGUCGUACCGGAAGGAGUAUUUAACUAAGCCAGACAUGCUUCAUAAAGUUGACAAACUUGCUGUUCUACCGGACGGAAGACUUUGCAUCUUUGACAAAGCAGAAUGUGUGUUGAUGACCCUAAAAUACUUAUGAAAGACAUAAAUUAGUAACUGCUAUUGAUUUUCGGAACAUCGAUCUUGGUCGGUCCGUUGUGUAAUUUGAGCAAUUUGAUGCGGCUUUGCUUAUCAUAUGUUAUGGACUGUCAGACAAAAUGAUGGCAUAAUAAGCAAGAGUAUGUUUUCCUUAUAUGAUGUGUAAAAUCAUUCUCUUCACAUGUUAAAUCUUUCGCGAGUUGUAAGCUGUGAAAUAUCAGUACAAAGACAGGCAUCAUUAACUGACUUGAAUGUUCUGACAAUGGUCUAGCAUAUAAAAUCACCUCGGACUUUUAUAGAUAUUGUUAUGAAAUGGACGUGAUAAUCAGAAUAAUCCUUUAAAAAUAGCGUCAGCUAGAACUACCAAUGCUCGAAUCUACUUGACGUUAGUCAUGCUAUCAAACAUUAUUUCACCCAACCGGUAAGGGGUGAAAAUCAAUUUGCCAAGAUUCCGGCUUGUGUCAUAUGAAUGUUCUAUUUCCUAGAUUCAUUGACGUGUAGGUUAAUUGUUACUACCGCAGAAACUGUUGAUUGCUUAUAUUGUUUUAAGAGGCUUUCAAAAGUCAGCAUACUUGUAUAUACCUAAGCGCUAUCUGAAGGUCCCUGAGGCCUUGACAUCAGACGUUUAUUAUCCAUAUACCCAGUCAUUUAUCGUGAAUUGUAUUCAUUAUAAAGUAUCACGCGCGCCCGAUUUUUGGCUACGCACCUGCACGCACGCCGACAUUAAACCUACUUAUAUAUAUAAAAGCUGAAA